UGAUGCUGUGGUGCGGCAGUCUAUGCAAGAAUUUUCCCAAAUCUGAGGCCACCUAAGAUCUAUUGUCAUUCGGAUUCUUUCUAUUUGUAGAGGCGAUACCUUAGAACACAAUUAGUUAACGAUUUUUCUGGCGGGUGAUUACAGAUUUACAGUUUGAUCCUAUUGAAUUCUGCCUCGCUCUCGAAAGAUUCCGGAGAAUAUUCUUCAAUCUUCAAAGUCUUGCCCUCUGGUCUACUCUGCGUAUAGUAACGAGUGAGGUUAAUGCCAACCAACCUCCUCGAUUCCUUCCCCAAACAGACCAAUCCUCACAUUGCGCGCCUCCUCUUUGAAUCUCAUAGUCAGAGAUCUCACACGCCACGUUUUGAUCCUUCGAAAGCCUGAGGGAGUGGAAGGGCUGAGUGCGAGGGCAGCUCCCAUGGCGUCUUCAGCCAGUUUUGCACUCUUUAUUUAUCUGCUUCUAGUUGUUGGGUGCACGGCAAGGCCUCUCUAUCCGCUUCCCAGUAAAGUUACUGAGAAAAAUAGGCGGCCUCUGCAAACUUUUCGCCCAUACAACAUUGCACAUCGAGGUUCAAAUGGAGAGCUUCCAGAAGAAACUUCUCCUGCAUAUAUGAGAGCUAUUGAAGAAGGAGCCGACUUCAUUGAAACUGAUAUCCUGGCUUCCAAAGACGGUGUUCUUAUAUGUUUCCAUGAUGUUACCCUUGAUGAUACUACUGACGUUGCAAAGCACAAAGAGUUUGCAGACCGUAAAAGGACAUAUGAAGUACAGGGAGUCAACGUCACUGGCUUCUUUCCUGUUGAUUUCACGUUAAAGGAAUUGAAAUCGUUGAGGGUGAAUCAGAGAUUAAAGUUCCGGGAUCAACAAUAUAACGGAAAAUUUCAAAUCAUUACUUUUGAAGAGUUCAUUUCCAUUGCACUGGAUGCACCCAGAGUUGUCGGAAUAUAUCCAGAGAUAAAGAAUCCAGUAUUUAUCAAUCAACGUGUGAAAUGGCCAGAUAAUAAAAGAUUUGAAGACAAAUUUGUGGAGACCCUUAAGAAAUAUGGAUACAAGGGUUCAUACUUGUCAAAAGAUUGGUUGAAACAACCUGCAUUCAUUCAGUCUUUUGCUCCAACUUCGCUUUUAUAUGUGUCAAAUCUGACAGACUUGCCCAAGAUUUUAUUAAUCGAUGAUUUCACUAUACCGACGCAGGACACUAAUCAGUCGUAUUGGGAGAUCACGUCUGAUGAAUACUUCGACUAUAUAAAGCAAUAUGUUGUGGGAAUUGGACCUUGGAAGGAUACAGUGGUUCCUGCUGCAGGGAAUUAUUUGCAAACGGCUGCUGAUCUUGUUGCCAGGGCACAUGCCCAUAACCUGCAGGUGCAUCCAUAUACUUACCGAAAUGAGAACCAGUUUUUGCAUUUCAACUUCCAUCAAGACCCAUAUGCGGAGUAUGAUUACUGGAUCAACACGAUAGGAAUCGAUGGUCUUUUCACAGACUUCACAGGUAGCCUUCACAAUUUUCAGGAAUGGACCUCUUCAGAUGGUAGUGAUGACAAAAAUGCAUCGAAGUUGCUGCAUGAAAUUGCUUCGUUGGUCUCCCCAUAUAUGAAGGUAUAAGUUGGGAGCAGAAGACACGUGCAUCAAUUUCAGCGAGACAGUCACAAAUUUAUUUCUUUAUAAGUAAUAAUAUCAAGGAUUUUCCUCCUUUUAUUAAUUAGGAUUUAAGAGCUCUUGUUCAUGGAUGGAUCGGAACAGAUAUAUUUGAAAGAAGCCAUGCUGUUAUUCUGCCUCCGUUAUUUAUGAAAUAUGGAAGCCAGAAAUACUGAGGACAGGUCUUCCAGGCCGCUAUCUGCUUCUGAAAUUAUUAGCUAAA